CUCUCGUCCACGGGCACGCGAUUGACGGGCGGGCCAGAGGGAGGUAACAGCUUUGCAUUUGGAUCGUCUGCUUCUUCAAGCAACAAUACCAUCUUGUGCUUGAAGCUUGAAAAAGGAGUGGAACGGGUGGUGGUCGGGGUUAAAGAGAUGGCAGAAUAUAGACCCCUCGGCCGCCCACACGUCUGCGAGCUAACUAACGAGAGCGAUGCAGAGACCAUACUCGUUGCUCAUGACCCUCCUCCGUCCAUUGCGCUUCUGCUCUGCACCCUACCAGGAUUUAUAACACUCUCUAUAAAAUUAUCUACACGUUCACAGAACGAAAUACCCAAAGAAUCCCCCUCCCUCACUACUACCGCCGCCCAAACCUCAGAUACAAGUACCUCAGAACAUCCUAAUCCAAGUUUCUCUGUACCCUGGAAUGAGCCUCAUUAUCCAGGGGAUGGGAGAGGUCCUGAUGGGGACAGGAGGCCACCACCCCCACCGCCCAGGGAAGGAGAUGGAGAUCAUCCAGGAAGAGGACCUGGGGAAUAUCCAAAGCCACGUCCUGGAGAUGGCCCAGGAGGGGGUCCUCCUAGAUUCCCCGGAGAAGGUCGGCGACCCGAGUAUCCGCCACCUGACCAACCAAAGGACAGCUUUGAGUGCUUCGACUGGACAGAAGGAGUCGAUCCAAGUUUAGACUCGGAAGAAAUCGUCUGGACGGUUUCCCACAAUUUGAGGCUGGAUGCACCUCUGUUUAUCCGUUCAUAUUUUAAUAAGGCGCAUGGUUCGUUGCGAGUUUCUCUAGAUGAUCAACUGGAGGAAGGGGAAGCCGCUUUGCGAGUCACCGCCUCUGGAAUCACUGGAGAUGAUGUCCGACAUACCAAGGUUUGCGUUGGGCAAAUGCGCGACCAUACAUCAGCUCUUCAACUCAAGGUCAGUUUAGGGUCCUGUUUAGUGACGAACCCGACUCACCAAUACAACCAGCCCACAAAGCACGUUGCAGAGAUUGGCCGCUAUGACAUAUCCUUGUCACUUCCAUAUCACAGGUUCAUGUAUCCAGGAAUAGGCACUCAUCUUCCUGGAUUCAGUCAUGCGUUCGAUGACAUGAGCCUGGUCGACUUUGAUUUCAUCAACUUGGACGGAGCAGAUGCUGAAAUCUCUGCAAUCUCUCUAUCUGCUCGGAUGCUCACCGUUCACUCCAUGGGCGGAUCUAUCAUUGGCAAGUUUAUAGCCACAAGACGAUUGGACAUUUCUGGUACUUCGAC